AUGAAAGUCCAAAUCUUAUUGUUCAUAUUAUUUUUGCUAGCACAAGGAAAAUACAUAAGAACAACAUUGACAAUGACGAGAAAUAAUAAUUGGCAAUAUGUUUCGAAAUUUGGUAUGGAUAUUGGAGUUGGAGAUUUUUCCAUGAAAGCUAUGCUUAUUUAUAGAAAUAAAAAUAAACACAAAACCCAAUUUUUAAUACAUACAAAAAAAUACUAAAUUUUAUGCGAAUUCACUAUAUUUAGUAUAGAUUAUUACGAGUAACCAAGGAAUUCGAAGGCAAAAAGCACAACUUGCAAUUCUCUAUAUUUAUAGACGAAGAAUGGGAGCAAGACCUUUCUUCACUCUCAUGCACAGAAAAAAACAAAAGAGCAAAAUUAACAUAUGAUUUAGCAUUGCCACUUGAUGGACAAUUUUCAGGGGAUAUGAUUAGGAUUAGGAUUAUUAAAGUAGGCGUUAGCCAUAUUGGUGACGCAGUCACCAAAGACCUCCCGUACGGGAGGUUCAUCCGCUUUUCGACUCCAGCCCAGGGGGUCUAUCCCUCUUGCGAGUGCCCUUCCGGUACCUUCUGUCUCCUCCUUGCCUUAAGGUUUCAGUCUUGAGUGGGCGGCUUAUGGAUUUCUGCGGCCCUGCUACGGGCGAUUGGAGUAGCUUGAUUCCAGGGAUCAACUCCUUGGAGUCUAUCGGGUGUCGAAGUGCCUUUCUUCGACAGCUACAGGAAAAAGACUGCUCCCCUGUGGCCUGGGCCGAAACCCCCAGUUUCUCGGUAGAGGAAUGCCCAUGGGUCAUCGGAUCCAAGGACGCUGUCGAACACCUCAAUUUCCAACCACAGGAAAGCAGCCAAAACCUACCCGGAUACACACCUCUAGAGCCUGCACUAGAUUUCUCAGCUCGGAGUCCGUCCCAGUUCGCCGUAGCCAUAAGGUCUGGACUACUGCGCCAAGAGGGCAGGUUGGCACGUGUCGCCAUUUUAAUGUAUAUAUUUUCAGGGGAUAUAGUAGGCGAAUUAUCUCAAUCAGUCAGACCUCAUGUCUGGUAUUUUGUGAUUUCUGACUGCAAUAAUUUAUUAAAUGACCACGCAAGAGUAAAAGUAGAAAUUACAAUGAGAAAUGAAGGAAGAAAUCAUCUUUCAGUGGAACAAAUGGGCCUGAAAAGCAUAUAUUUGGUUUUAGCAGUCAUAUUUUUGCUAGGUCUAGGGGCAAAUAUUUUAAAACUCAUCAAAUACUUCAGAAAAGAAGAAGAGGUUCAGCUUACCAUGGUAUGGCUAAAUAUGGCGAUUUUCUUUCAAUUUUUAUCAAUGAUUGUUUCUUAUUUUAACCUCACAAUUUAUGAAUCCAAUGGAAGAGGCUUAGGAGCUCUUGAUUUUAUUGAGCAAGCCUUAAUUUUGGUAUCUCAGCUAACAAUUACAUGUUUACUUAUUAUAAUAGCAGAAGGAUGGACUAUAGACAAACCCUAUAAAUUGUCCUAUAAGGGCAGGAUAUUUGAGCUGGAAACUCUCCAGUGGCUGGACCAACUGAGGUAGUCAGACCAACUGGAGAGAGAUCCUUUUGCCAACUCUCCAAUUGGUUUGACGAAACUGAGUUAGUCCAAUCACUGGAGAGUUUUCAGCUCCAAUGUCCUGCCCUUAUAGGGCUGUUUAUAGGAUUUACCAAUAUACAAUAUAGUGAUUUUCCUAAUGCAGAUAUUUAUAUACCAAUUAUACUAAUAGUCACAUUUUUACAUUUAGUUGUGCUGGGACUUGGAAAAAUCAGUGAUGAUUCUUCUUAUAAAUUCAGCGAAUAUGAAGGAAUAGCAGGAUUAGCAUUAAUUAUAUUGAGAUUCUGCAUGUUUGGGUGAUUCCUCUACAACGCAAAAUAUUUAUUUUCUCUGACAAAAGCACAAAAAAGCAUUCAAUUCAUAUACAAAUUUACUGUAGCUUCAAGUGUAUAUUUUUUGUCAUAAAUAAAAUGGCAUUCGGUUCGAGUGAAAUUAGCUCCGCUAAUUUUCUCUCCCUCAAGCAAUUUUAUUUGUGGGGUUAGGUUUUCUUCUGAGAACUUUUGUACAGCAAUAGCGGUUUAACUCUGGCGCGUAUAAGCAGAGGCACUGCUCCAAGUACAUCAAGAGGCUCGAAGCUUUACCUCUCAGCACACCCGAGGAAGGUGACCCUUAGGCGGAACACACGCAGGAGCUGAGUAAGUAGGAGCGAGGCAAUGCAGCCCGUCGAAGCCGGAACGCUAUAUUUGCCUGUGCCAUGGUGUAACAAAGUGGAUCGAUCCAGAGGUCCAUGGGCCCGACACGUGGACAAAUAUGGUGGCAGCUCUGGAAACGGCUACCCCGUAGUGGACGUUAAACGAUAUAGAUAAUUAAGUAAGUAAGUAAGUAAGUAUAUAUUUUUGUCAAUGCCAAUUUUGGUUAUUGCAAGUAAAUUCUUUGCCUUAUAUGUUAGGGGGAAAUUUAUUAUUGGGGGAACUCUAUUUAUGCAGAUGGCGACUUUUUUGUUUCUUUCUAUUAUUUUUUCAACAAAAGGCGAGUAUUAUAGAAUUUCUUCAAUGUCAGCAGUUCUUCCUGGAGCAAAAAUUCACUCAUAUUAA